CUUGCUCUUCAGUUCCCCUCUGCUUUAACGUGAUAAGAAGAGCUGAACGAUUUGCACUGAGGCUGCAUGAUGGAUGUAUUAGUGAAAGAAGGCUUGCUGUUUUUGCAGGGAGUCAAAUUUGGAAAGAAGGUCUGGAGAAAGAUCUGGGUGAUGGUCUUUAAACCAAGCCAGGCAGGAAUCGGUCGAAUUGAGAUCUAUGACUUUCGGGAUGGAGCAUGUACGACUGCAAAGCUCGCCGUUCUGAAGAAAUCUGAGAAGCGGGUGAUCCGGCUGGCAGAGUGCCUCAGUGUGACCCCCGCGCUGGGGGAAAGCUGCCCGUCAGGUCAAACCGCCUUUUACCUCAACACAGUUCAGCGCAUCUACACGCUAUCAGCGCCCAUAGAGGAUGAGUGGGUACCCAUCCUCUGCUCUCUGGCAUUUCAGCCCAAUGAGGGAGGUGGCGAGGCCAGGAGAGCACUGGGAGAUGGUGGUGAUGUUGAUGCUCCCAUGACUGUAAACGACAUCUACUCCACCUUGAGUCCGGGUCAGUUCCAGGUGAUGGUGGCAAGCUCAGAGGCAUCUGUGCGCUGCUGCAUGUUUGGAUCGUACCUGCUGUCCCCCGAGAAAGAGUCCCUGUGUCUGCUGGACAUGAAGACGGGCCAGAUUGCGUUCCGCUGGCCGUAUCGUCUUCUCCGCAGAUUUGGUCAGGUCAAGGAAGGAAUAUCUAUCGAGGCAGGACGUGGUUGCCAAACAGGAGAGGGCCUCUUUAUUUUCCUCUCCAAGCAGGGACAACAGAUCUACCGAGCUAUUGAGGAGGCCAUCAUGCAUCAAAGCGUGCAAGACCUGCUGUCCAAAGCUACUGCUCUGCCUCAAGACGAUAUGGUACAAAAACCCAAACUGCCAUCUCCAAAUGUAGGCUUCACCCAAAGAAACCGUGCUCUUCCUGCGAUUCCUAGCCCAAAACCCCCUGCCAUAAUCCAUAAUCCUGAAUAUUCUAAAGACUUGUAUGCCAGGGUAAAGCCUGUGCCCAAACCAAGAAAUGUACCGCCACUUCCAGCUUUGCCUUUUCCCAAAUUAAUGAUUGAACCAAAGGCUGAGAUAAAGCCGAAAGAUAUGGACAUCAGUGACGUGGAACCCGAUUAUGAAACCUGUGACUGGAACCAGAAUCCCCCGUCGAAGCAGGACAGUUUGGUCAGUCCGCUGUACAGCACAAUCAAACCUCUGCUCCAUACCAGAAGAAAAACAGACGAAGAUACCAACCACGAGAACCGUAAAAGCAGCCGACAGUCUCCUGUAAUCAAUCAAUCCGCAGAGCAGGUCGACUUCAAAAAAAUUCUUUCCGAUGUUCUCUUCAAAGACACAACUAGAAUCACACCAGGUCAUAUACCAAAAUCAUACGGCGGGAGCUCAGAUCUCUUAGCUGAUCCGGAUUACUAUGAGAUCCAGAAAUGAACUAACCACAACUAAAAGCAACCCAAACCUUUAGUGUUCGAAAGCUGGUCCCAAGUGAACAAUGCAGCUCGGAAUAGUGCUGAUCAGUGAUUAGUAAAGCACUACUGUGACAGAAUUUGAACAGAAGGACUUUCUGGGACCUGUUGAGAAACACAUUCAGAAAACCAAUGGGAAUGAUUGAACAGUCGCUACUGUAUAUGAGCUUCUCCUAUUGGUUGUUGUAAGAAUCCAUCCAUUCAGUGAAUAAUAUGUUACAUCAAAAGUACUACAACAUAGCACCAUUCUUAUGCCUUAGACUGCACCAUUAUUUAUUACCUGAUAAAAUGCCAUUUGAGUGUUGUUGUGCUAAAGUAUUGGCACCACCAGCUCUGCUUGGGUCGCUUGCUACUACAUCUGCCGGCCAACAAUGCUGCUCUGCGUGCUUAUUAUUUCACCCUUUUAUGGAGACAGCGAAUUGAGCCAAGAAUGUUUUAAUGUACAAAAGGUACCAUAGUUUAUACAACUUGUUAAUGCAGUGAUAGUUCUGGAUUCUGUACUAAAAUGUUCUGCACUAGAUACAGAGCCUUCUGUUGCACUAUGCAUAUAGUAACUGCAAUAAAACUUGAAGAAAAACAAAAAAAGAAGGGAAAUUGUAAUUAAUAUGAUCCAAACAUGAUGGCUGUUAUACAUAAUGUAACAAUAUGAUGGAAGUUAUACAUGAUGUACCAAUAUAUAAUA